UGCCGAGCAAACUCUGCUCUUCUUUGAUCAUCCGUUUAGAGCUGGACGGGAGCCUAGAAAUCACAGGUUCACAAAUCGAGAACUGGAAGAAACCUCAGAAGCCAUUUUGUCCAGUCCCCUCAUUUUAAAGGUACAAUCUGGGGGCGAUUGCAGGUCAGUGCUGGUCUCUGUUUAUCAGCAAGAGAUGGUCACAUUGUUCAGUCAGACCCCAAACCAACUUCCUGAAAUGGUUAAUUACCAAGUCAUGCUGGCUGCUCCCCCAAGAAGCUGUCUAUGGAGUGAAAACCAACCUGUCUGGCUGACAGUACUGGGAAAAAGAAAUCUGACCAGGAUUCUUUACGGUUUAAAGAAAAGAAUUGAUGAUUUCUAAAUAAUGGAGCACCCUCCAACUACUGUGAGUUCUCCAGAGCCCAUAUCAGAUACCCAGAUCCAGGUGAAUGGGUCCUUCUUGAAAUCACAAUCAACAGAAAAUGUCUCAACUUAUGUUUCUCUGCUUAUCUCCAUACUGGGAACAAUUGGCAAUGGACUUGUCAUCUGGUAUCUCAUCUUCCACUUCAAGAAGAACCCUUUUACUGUCUACAUCCUCCACCUCUCAAUGGCUGACUUAACUUUCCUACUUUGUACUUCUACCAAUACUAUAGUUCACAUGUUUUAUUCCAAGAAUGACUCAACCAAACUACAAUUAUUUGACUUCGUCUUCUGCGUGCUGAUUCCGUUUGGCUACAACACUGGCCUCUACCUCCUGACAGCCAUCAGUAUAGAGAGGUGUCUUUCAGUCCUUUAUCCCAUCUGGUACCAAUGCCAACGCCCAAAGCACCAGUCUGCUGUGGUUUGCAUCUUGCUGUGGGCACUCUCCAUUUUUGUGACCUGGUUAGAAGGCUUUUUCUGUCUUCAGGGUACCCAUCCCAGGUUCCCCAUUAGACCACGUGCUAUGGUGGAAGUAUUUUUGCUUAUCUUGAAUUUCAUUGUGUUUGCCCCUCUCAUGGUCUUCUCGAGCUUGACUCUCUUUAUCAAGGUCUUCUGUAAUCUGAAGCACUGCCAACCAGCCAAGCUUUACAUCAUCAUCAUAAGCAUGGUGAUUCUGUUCUUUCUCUUUGCAAUGCCUUUGAGAGUCUUGUUGAUGUUAUUUGACUUCCAGGAUGAAAACAAUGAAUUUCUAUCGAUAGUAUUUAUAUAUCUGAAUUUAUUAUCUUGUAUUAAUAGUACCAUCAACCCAGUUGUCUAUUUGGUGGUUGGUCGGCUCAGGGGGCAGAGAGCCAGGAAGUCCUUGAAAGACACAAUGCAAAAGAUCUUUGAGGAUAACCCAUGUCCAUGUGGGAGAGAAAAACCUGGGCACUCCAAAAUCAGUGCCCUCCUCAGGGGCACUGAUAAACAAACAAGCAAACUGUCUCCUGUAUUAAACACCAGUAACCUAUAAAAUAGAUUCUCAGCCAGGAGAAGAAAAGAUUGCUGCCCAUCUCUGCAGACAAUUUUUAAAAUUCCUUUUGCAUCUUUGAGGGAAAGAACAGGUUUACAGAAGUAUUGUAAACAUACGUCUUGAUGGGGCUGUCCAAACUACUCCUAGUCCAUUCCACUCACCACCUUCUAAUCCUGUCCUCUGUAACAGAUACUGGGAAAUGGUUUUACUUAUUUUCAAAAAGCCUUGAAUCUACCACUAAACCCACCCACUACACAACACUGUCUUAUAAGUGAUUAAACUCCUAGCUAGGCACUUUAAAAUGACUGAUG